GCUCAGAGGGAGGCGAGCGCGCAGCUCCAGAAGCAGCAGCAGCAGCCUUGCAAGCUUUGCCCAGAAGAGCUGCUGCUGCUGCUGCAGUUGCAUGCUCUUUGCAGCCCCCGCCUCGGCUGUGAGCAUGACUGGGGGUGGCCAGAGGAUCCGGGGCGGAGGGGGCUUGCCUUGAGACCCCCUCCUGCAAGGGCUGAGCCCCCCAAAACCGCCUCCAGCCCCAGCAGGAGAUUGGUGCCCCCCAGCCAGCAGGUGACCCAUUGCAAAAAAAGGAAAAGGGCGAGGAGCCCCGGUGAGUCCUUGGAAAGAUGCCUUUGGUAAAGCGGAACAUCGAGCCGCGCCAUUUGUGCCGCGGCGCCCUUCCGGAUGGCGUGACCAGUGAACUGGAAUGCGUGACCAACAGCACCUUAGCUGCCAUCAUUAAGCAACUGGGAAGCCUCAGCAGACAUGCUGAAGAUAUUUUUGGAGAACUGUUCAAUGAAGCCAAUAGUUUCUACAUGCGGAUGAAUUCCCUCCAGGAGCGAGUGGACCUUCUGGUGAUCAAGGUCACCCAGCUGGACUCCACAGUGGAGGAAGUCUCGUUGCAGGACAUCAACAUGCGGAAAGCAUUCAAGAGCUCCACCAUCCAGAACCAGCAAGUCGUGUCGCGCAACUCCAUCCCCAAUCCUGUGAUGGAGAUGUACCAACGCUGUGACAAACCUCCACCACUCAACAUCCUCACUCCUUAUAGAGAUGACAAAAAAGAUGGUUUGAAAUUCUACACUGACCCUUCCUAUUUCUUCAACUUGUGGAAAGAAAAGAUGCUGCAAGCCACAGAAGAUAAGAGGAAAGAGAAACGCAGGCAGAAGGAGCAGCGACUUGUGGAGGACUCAACCCGGGAAGUGAAGAAAGUGCGGAAAGCCCGCAACCGGCGCCUGGAGUGGAACAUGAUGGCCUACGAUAAGGAAUUCCGUCCCGAUAACAGGUUCUCACCAUCCCCAUAUCACAUGGCCUCAUCGGAAGGAUCACUGUCCCCCGAUAAUAGAUCUUAUGCAUCCGAUGUAGCUGAUCACUCAUACCCGGCCAGUCCUAACCAUCCUAUCCAGCAGAUCUUAGCUCCGGCUUCACACCUGGCAGCAGACAACAAGGAGGUCAUCCUGGUGGCUAGCCAAGCCCAGGAGCAUAUCUACAGACCCCCAGCAGCCGGAAGCCGCCAGAACAGUCUCAGCCGGGUCCAACAGCCUCAUGUGCCGCAGCCGCCAGAGACUAUGCUAAAUGGACCAAGGCCUCAGAUAGUCAAGGAUUAUGGCCCCCAACAGGUGCAGAUGGCCGAAUACUUUGUGCCCCCCGCUCCUCCGCCGCCUCCUCCCGUCAUCCCCUCGGCACAAACAGCCUUCGACAGCCCCAUAUCGGCCCCUCCGGCCACUACGGCCGCCUCUGCCGCUCAUGCUGCCUAUGCCCCCUCCCCACCUCCGGCUCCACCUUGCCCCUACUCCGCUUCUCCCCCUCAGACUGGCCCCAUGGGGCCUCCUGUUGCCCCACCGCCCCCGCCCCCCGGCCCCCCAACGGUGACCGCUUCGCCCGCUCACUCCGCCUCGCCCCCGGCCCUGACGGUCGAACCCCGCAAGCAGCAGAUCUCCCUGAUCCCAAUGAGCGAUGCCAGAAGCGACCUCUUGGCUGCAAUCCGCCGGGGAAUCCAGCUCCGGAAAGUUCAAGAGCAGUGGGAGCAAGAGGCCAAGAAGGAGCCGGUGGGCAACGACGUGGCCACGAUCCUCUCCCGCAGGAUUGCCGUCGAGUACAGCGAGUCGGACGACGACUCGGAGCUGGAUGAGAACGAGUGGUCGGAUUGAGAAAGGCGGAAGAGCGCGGCCAUGGUGGGGUCAGGUGGGGAGAGGUCCCCCCAAUCCUUCUGGCCACUUUUCCCCGGUCAGGGGUGUGUGUGUGUGUGUGUUGGGGGGUGGGUUAGUGGCCGAUCCCUGCAGGUAUUUUCCAGCCGUUGCUGGUUGCAGCAGCGUCUUGCGUUCAGGAGCUUUGCUUUUGUGCCAUGUUGCAUCGUUGAACAUAUUUCCAAGUGGCCUCUUUGUGGGCAAGUGUGCAUUAGUGACUCUUGUCUUUCAGAAAAAGAAAAAUUUGGGGGGGGGGCAAAAAACCCAGCUGCCUACCGAAUAUGUUUAUUCCUCACCCACUUCUGGGUGUGAAAAGGACUUUAGAAGCUUUGAGCAGUGCUAGGAAAGCAUAACCCAAUGCCUAGCCUCGGGGUCCAUUGUAAAUGGAGGUUUAUGGUGGCGUGAGAUAAGGGGCCGAAUCCUGUAGGUUAGUCCUAACUAGAGUAGACCCACUGAUUCAAUUGUUGGCUGAGGAGUCAACACCAAAGUAAAUCUUAUUGUUAUCAUCUCACCUUUUCCCCCAGUCCUGGACUCAAGGUGGCUGAUAAAUUUUAAUACAGAUAGAGUCAAUCACAUCAUGCAAAAUUUCAGAUAGUUUUCAGAUUGUUCCAAUGUGCAUCAGACAUUUCUGAUGCUCUUUGGGCACUUCCUAUAUGCAUUAGGCAUUUGUGAUGUGCAUCACACACUUUCUUAUAUGCAUCAGGCAUUUCUGAUAUGCAUCACACAAUUCCUAUGUGCAUUGUGCAUUUCUGAUGUUCAUCGGUCAUUCUUAUGUGCAUCAGAUAUUUCUGAUGCCUGUCAUUCACUUCUUAUGUGCACUAGGCAUUCCUGUUGUUCUCUGGCACUUCCUAGCUGGUAUCCAAAUGUGCAUUGGUGAGUACCCCAAUGCCCAUCAGUGCCCAUUGAGCAUUGGUUCAUGGUGCAUCAGUCACUCUAUCAUGGCAUAACCGAUGCCCAAAUAUUAUAACAUCACAGCUGCCCUUAAGGUACAUGGUGGAACUACUCAGUUCCAUUUUUGGAUGGACGUAAGGCCAUUUACGAAGAAGUAAGUCCCAAAGAGAACGUCAGCCAUAAAAUAGAAAAUAUUUUUUAAAAAAUAUAUUAAAAUGUAUCAAUAGAAUUAAAAGAGGUUAAAAGUGUGACGGUGAAAAAGAAAAACAGUAGAUGUAAACAGUGCAGGACGUUAGGAAAGGCCCUUUCUCCCUGAGCAAUCUGCUCUCAAAGGCCUGGCAGGAAAAGGGGAUCUGCAUCUGCCUCCGGAAGAAUAGAAAGGAGCAUCCACAGAUUUUGGUCCUGGAACCAAACCCCAGCAGAUACUUAGGGCCCACUGCAGCAGCUGAUACAGAAUACUGGUUAUUAUUAUUAUUAUUAUUAUUAUUACUACUACUACUACUACUACUACUACUAUUCUGCUCCCUUCUCCCUGUAUGGAACUCAAGGCAGCUCACAGCAGUCGAAACAAAGAUAGUUUCACAAUUCACAGUGUACAAAAGCAAAAGAUCACAGAACCUGCACUGCACUUUAGACAACUUUUAGUUCUCCGGUUCCCACACCGUUUCUCUACUCACCUUCGUCUGUGCUGUAUGUUGUCCUCCAAAUAGAAUCAAACAGUCACUAGUCCUGGGUGGAAGUCAGAUAAGAAAAGUGGAAGUCAGAGAAGAAAAGACGAGGUGCAAUAAGAAGACCUGUGUUGGGGUCGGUGGGCGAAUGAUUCCUUUUCGGUUGCAUUUGCAACGAUGCUCCUGGGAAAGUGUUUGAGCCUGGAAGGAUGCAAAGGCGUUGGUAUCUGGUUAGAUUUACCAUUUCCUAGAGUCUUCCCUAGCUCCUUACACUUACAAAUGGAAGUGACGAGCCUUUUCAGGGCCGGCCCUAUUGUAAGGUAUAGUGGCCUCAGGCGCCGCAUGUUUGGAGGAAGUAGUGGUGGACUCUUAGUUGUGAAGUCAAAGGCUUUCAUGGUCUGCAUCCAAAGUUUU